ACGAAAAUAAACCGGAUUAAGCACGAAAUUUUGUUUGCUUUGUGAUGUCUGAAUCUAUUGAAAAUGAUUAUGAAGAUUUAAAACAGAUGAAAGAACAGGUUUUUGAUCUGAUUAGAGGUAUUAUCGACCCUGAAAAGCCUGAGACCCUGGAGGAACUUAAUGUUGUUAGCGAGGAAGAUAUCCAGGUCACUCGCUUUAAUGAGGAAGAUUACCUGAUAAAAGUGGUGUUUGUACCCACAGUUCCUCACUGCUCAUUAGCCUCACUCAUUGGACUUAGCAUAAGGACAAAGUUGGAGACAUCUAUGCCAGAAAAAUUUAAGUUGGACAUAUUCAUUAAAGAUGGAACACACGAUACAGCCAGUGAAAUAAAUAAACAGAUUAAUGAUAAGGAGAGAAUAGCAGCUGCUAUGGAAAAUCCGAACUUACAACAUAUUAUUAACCAGUGUCUGGAAAAUUCCUGAUAUUUAUUGUAUAUAUAGUAUAAAUAAUUACAAGUUAUUUUUUACAUUGUAUAUAUCUCUGAGUUUCUGAUAGAUUUGUUCUUAUUUUGUAUAUGUAAAUAUACAUGAAUUGAUAAUUA